AUGCAGUCUCAGUCUCAGUCACAGUCAACUCCUCUAGGAAAUUGCGCGAGAAGGCCAGUCGAGACAACGACCUUCAAUAUGGCUCGUGGUAUAGCCGCCCAGCUGUCCGGCAUGGCCUCCAACCCCUAUCCACGCCCCAAGAUGCAGCAAGGCGUCAAUACCAUCUGCGUCGUCUGUGACCGCUCCAUCCGCACUCUUGACUGGGUUGCACACAAGAAUUCCAAAAAACAUCGCCAGGCUGAAGCCAAAGAGCGUGCUGAGGCUGAGGGUGCCAAUGGUGCUAACAACGUCAACGGCUUCAGCGGUGACUCCAAUGGCUUUACUCCCGACACCAAUGGCGCCAAUGAGCCUCCUGCCACUACCAGCGGGGAUGGCUGGACUGUCAGUACUGGCGGUGAGACUAGGGCUUUCGGUGGCAAGAACGCUGGCGGUUUUGCAGGUAUGGUUUGUUACGGCUGUGGUGACACUGGUCAUGCCAAGCGCGAGUGUCCCAAGAAAUCUGGUGUUGAGACCUGCCACAAUUGUGGAGGGACUGGACACCGCAAGAUCGAUUGUGACCAGCCGCGCAAGCCAAUGGCUGGCGGACAUGGAGGUCGUACCUGCCAUAACUGCGGCAGUGAGGACCACAUGCUUCGCGAAUGCCCUGAGCCUCGCGUCAUGCGCUGCCAGAACUGUGCGGAAGAGGGUCAUGUCGCUCGUGACUGCUCCUUGCCUAGGGACUGGAGCAAGUUCAAGUGCAGGAACUGCGAAGAGUAUGGUCAUAGUCAGGCUCAUUGCACCCUUCCCAAGGUUGAGAAUACCAGAGGUGACUGGGGUGCCACUGUUGAGUCUGGCGCCACUGCUGGCGGCUGGGCUGAUACUGCUCAGGACUCUACUCCCGGAGGCUGGAGUGAUGCUACUCAGGACUCUACUCCCAUCGCUUGGUGA